AUGGUCACGGACCCUAACAGCGGCAAGCCUUGCUACUUCGUGGCCCAAAGUUUGCCCUUCGGUGCAUCAUCAUCUGUGUUUGCUUUCAACAGGCUGUCAAGAUCGAUCUUGCAUCUGAGCUGGAACUUGAUUGGCAUGAUAUCAGGAUGCUUCUACGACGACUUCCCGCUUCUUGAAAUCCAAUCAUCUGCGAAGCUUGUUUCCGAAUCGUUCGAACACCUGCUGAGGAAGAUCGGGUGGAGGUAUUCCAACGACCCAGCCAAAACAUCGCCUUUCAAUGAGAGCUUCGAUCUACUUGGAAUACGUCUUAAUGCGGGCGACAUCUCCAAUGGCGUCGUGGUGCUCCAAAACAAGGCAUCGAGGCUGGAGAAGAUGAAAGAUACCUUCAUCCGCAUGGCGUUGAAUGGUGAAUGGGAUCUGCGACAGAUUCAGUCGCUACAAGGGCAAGUGAACUUCGCUUUGGGCUUUGCUUCGGGGAGGGCAAUGAAGAUGCUGCAGCGUGCACUUGGAAGCUUCAUCAGGAAUCCUGAAGAUCGCAGCUCGAGUGACUUCCGGACACUUUGCGAGUUUGGGAUCCGCUUGAUCGACGAGUGCAAACCAAGAGUCUUCGCCUGCCGGGGGCCGGAACAACCGGUGUUAAUUUUCACCGAUGCAGCCUACGAAAAAGGUGUUGCCACAUUCGGCGUGGUGGUCCUGGAUCCCUUCACCUCUUCUAAGCUAGUGGCCGGAGGUCGCAUACCGAAGACUCUAGUGGAAUUCUGGAAGCUUGACAGCCCCGAACAGUUGAUUGCUCAGGCUGAAGCUUUCGCCGUGGUCCUCGCAAGAGAAGCCUUCAGAAACUUCAUACAUGGCAGGCGAACCAUCUACUUCAUCGACAACGAGGGAGCGAGAGAAGUCUUGAUCAAAGGAGCGAGCAAGUCACGUACGCUUCUGCUUUUGGGAGCACGCUUCCUCGAGAUGGAAAACUUGGAUCAAAGCUUGACGUGGCUAGAGAGGGUCCCAUCUGCUAGCAAUGUGGCAGACGGGCCGAGUCGUGGUGAGAUUGCCGAGACGGCGAAAGUCAUUGGUGGUACGAUCGUUGAUCUGCAGGAGAAGGCAGAAGAACUUGGAGAGUUGUGCAAAUCAACUGUACAGAUACCUUGGAAGCUGCUCAAGUAA